AUGAAGAUACUUUGUAUUUUCCUGACCUUUGUCUUCACUGUGUCCUGUGGUCCAUCAGUUUCACAGAAAAAAACAAAAGAAGAUGUAGACAGAAAAAGAGAAUGUUACCUUGUCCGUGGUGCCUGCAAGACUUCAUGCAACAGUUGGGAAUACAUAUAUAAUUACUGCAAUACUGAGCCCUGCUGUGUUGUACGGGACUACCAAAAGCCAGUCACUAAACACAUCACUACUAGUUCAUACAGAGUAAAUGAUAAGUCCACUAUACCACACAAAAUUAAAUUGUAA